UAGCUUGUGAGGUGUGUGUGUAUGUGUGCGUGCGAGAGAGUGAUCGUGUGUGUUGUGUGUGUGUGUGCGCGCGCGCUCGGUGUGUGAGUGGUGCUGAUGCUGAUGCUGAUGUUGAUGCUGAUGCUGAUGCUGAUGCUGAUGUUGAUGCUGAUGUUUAGCUCCAGCAUGCAGCCGUAAUUCAUCAGAGAGAGAGAGAGAGAGAGAGAGAGAGAGAGAAUUAAAGCUCGGUUCUGGGUUCUCGGCUUCGGGUUCUAGCUGUGUUCCAGAGGUUCUGUGGUGAAUAAACCUCCUCACAUCAGGAGUCAUGAGAGCUCCGAGAUGCGCUCUGCUUCUGCUCGUGCUGCUCCAGUGCGUUUCCUCUCUGCCCGUGACACGCUCUCACCUGGAGCAGGAGGACGUGAAGGUGAUUAAGUGUAUCGUGGAGGUGCUGGCUGAUGUUCUGGGCAAACCUCCCUCCCUCCCCGUGUCUCAGCAGUGUCUGGAAACCCUCAGGACCGAUGACAGGCUAGUGACCGUGUUGCGUCACCGGAACUUCCUCCAGGAGCUGCAGGACAUCGCUGGAGAAGGAGCCAAUGAGAGAUCGGAGAAGAGACUCGAGGACACUUCUGACCACGUUCAGGAUCUCCAGGAGCCUGCAGAUCAGUCGAUGCUGAUGGCCGUCCUGACCCCGGGAGAGACUCUGGAGGAGAGAGGAGCAGAGGAGGAGAAGGAACACCAGUCACAGGAGAAUGACAUCAUCGCCAGCCACGAGGAGGAUGAGAAGGAAGAGCAUGCUGUGAUGAAGAAAACAGAAAACAGUGAUGAAGAGGAAGAAGCAGACGAGGCAGGAGCAGCUGGAGCUCCAGAUCAUAGGCGUGUGGAGGAGGAGGAGCAGGAGGAGCCUGUGGAGAGGCGUAGAGCCGGUGUGGGACAGCAGAGAGACUGGAGUCGGAGCAGAGAGACGGUCCACCGUAGGGCUUACGGUCAGCAGGAGGCACUGCACCACUCCAAGGAGGCGUGGAAGAGUCCUGAGGAGGAGGAGCUCCAGAUGAUGGCAGGAAGAGAACCUGAGGAGCGCAGAGACACGGAGGAGGGCAGCGCCACCAAGAAGACUGAGGACACUGAGAUGGAGAGUUUGGCAGUGAUGGAGAACGAGUUGGAGAACAUGGCUCAGAAACUCCACAAGCUGCGACACGGCUGAAACACGCCAGUGUUCCUCCUCAUCCUCACCUCCAGAGGAACCUGCUGCUUAUUUACACACACACACACACACACACACACACACACACACAGCAUAAACACAUUCAGCAUUCAGGACAUGACCUGCUCCUGCUUCAGCUUCACCUCUGCCUCACUCGCUUACUGAAGAACACCACACAUUAAAACACCACAAGAUUAUUAUUAUUAUUAUUAAUAAUAAUAAUAAUAAUAAUAAUAUUAUUAUUAUUAUUAUUAUUAUUAUUAUUAUUAUUAUUAUUAUUAUUAUUAUUAUUAUUAAUCAGUGAAGAGAAGGAGGAGUACAUUUCUACACAGCCGCAUGUGUUCUUUCAAAAAUGCAAUAAUAUUUUUAUUUCAAUAGAAUUGAAGUGGAAUUUCAGCUGGGGUUUAUUUUAGACAAAUAAAGAUUGAGAGAGUUCUCAGUGA